CUUUCUCCCUUUCCUUCCUUUACUUGCCCAAGAAACAAGAGACCAGAAUCACUCAUUAAAUUCCUAGCCCGUCCAAAUCCAACCCAACCCGGCCGCCCCCAGCGCAGCAACACACCCAACUGGAUCCCGCUCAGUGCAGAGAGAAGCGCCCACCCUGAACGAACCACAUAGCAACCAGCGUCAUACCGCCCGCAUUUCAAUUUGCAACACCUGCAAAGGUUCCCAAUUUGAAACUUUUUUUUUCUAUGUUCCAUCCGGCCUUUUUCUCAUUUUCAAAUUCAUUUGCCGAAUUUUAUCAACUUUGAGAUCAUGGCGGAUCAGUGCAUCGUUUGUUUAGAUGCCUUAGAGGUGGCCGUAUUGGCGGGCGAUCUGGCGACGUUCAAAGGCCUGGAGGACCCAGGCGGUCGCGGCGGAGGCGACACGCUGAGCUCCCCAGUGGUGGCGGACUCAGCGGCCUCAUCCACCACCACCACCACCACUAACAGUGCCGAUGAAGGCAACCCCGGACAAUCCAACAACGAAACCGACGUUGCUGUAAUAAAUGCAUGUGGACAUGCUUUGCACAAUUGCUGCUUGCUAGAAUGGGCUGGCAAAGCAAAUAGCUGUCCAAUUUGUCGGCAGACCUUCAACGACGUGAGCGUCUAUGAUAAGGUCGGAGGAAAUCUUCUCAAGUCGUACGCAGUCGCAGACAAGAAACAAGUUGCCGAAUUCGAUCCGCAAGCAUGGGCAGAAGAGAAUCCAGAAGAGGAGGACCUCGAGGCACACCCUUGCCCGGUCUGCAACUCCUCCGGCGAUGAGGAAGUGCUUCUUCUUUGUGAUGGAUGCGAUGCAUCAUACCAUACCUAUUGCAUUGGCCUCGACGAAAUUCCGGACGGCUCCUGGUUCUGCAUGGAAUGUGCCGAGGAACUAGGCGGCAUAGGCAUCGCUCGGUCUCGCGCUCGUUACCCGAUAGUGAGCAACAGCAGGCGUGGACGACGCAACGACUUCUUCCCCAGGACCCAGGCGACGAUGCGUAGCGUGAGAAGGCGUGCGCGUUCGGACGAGUGGCAAGGUGCCUGGGGUGAGAUCACAGGUCUCAUCUUCGAUGCGAUCAAUAUCGACCUUGACUCGCACGAUGGUGACGAUGCCCUCGAGGAGUACAGAAGGUCACGGCAGCUACGCGAACGUGAGCAGCGCGAAUACCAGCGCUGGCAGCAACGCAUUAAUAUCGCCAGAAGACUUGGUGCCCAGGAAGUUUUUUCGAGAAACAUCCCGCCAUCCAUCAUCAACAAUACCACCGCCGCGCAGGCUCCUGCCCCUCCCCAAGAAAGUCGUGAGGAGCGACGUGCUUGGGCAACGCUUGAGAAGGCUCGAGAGGCCAAUGGUGAGGGGCCUAGUCGGAAGCGCAAAUCUCGCUCCAUAACUGCAUCACCUGCGGAACCACCCCCAGAGCCUGAGCGAAAGUUGAAGCGGCCCCGCGCACACCGAUCAGCUCCUGGCGCGUCGGGCGAGGGAUCCUCGUCGGCAUCCGAGCCCAGUCGCUCAGUGGCGAACAUCCGGUCGCCGCCUGUUCUCAACGGAGAAGCACCGUCGUUCCUCUCCGUGCUUCUCAAAGAGGUGGAGCAGUCUCACCCGUCAGAUGACGAGACUACUCGAAAUUUGUUGCCCGAGAGCAUGGUCGGGGGAGACGCAUAUGCAUCCUCGCCCGGUUCCUCUCCAGCAUCGGCCUACAGCAGUCCACGAGCCUUAUCGCUCACUCCGCCUCCUCAUCAAAAUCAACAACCAUCAAACAGGUCCACUCGACCCUCGUCUCCGACGAUGACAUUGAGCUCAACAAUUGAGCCCGUAUACACCAAGGCAGCAUAUCGCUCGGGCAGGUCAUCGGGAAACGCCAGCGACUCCGAGACGAGACCCGCCAAGCCCGAGCUGCGACAACCCCGUCCUCAACGCGUCGAAAAGGCCAACCUUUCUCGAUCGCCGGAUUUUUCGCCGACAAAGUCCUCUCUGUCGCUCGAAAUGAAGCAAAAGAUCAACAACGUCGUCCGCAGUGCUCUCAAGCCACAUUGGGCCUCCAGCAAGUUGACGGCGGACCAGUACGAAACUAUCAACCGUGACGUUUCCCGAAAACUCUACGAUGAGGUUACAGACCCCGCGUCCGUUGUCGACGCUGAGGUUCGGCAGAUGUGGCAACACAAGGCCACUCAGGAGGUUGCGCGUGCCGUGUCAGGGCUUCAAGCCUGAUAAGCCGGCAUCCUGGUGAAAGUGGCGGUGUGCGCGUUCUGCCAUAUGUAUGAGCAUUGGGAUGGGUCUAUUUGCGUCGGUGUUCCUUGGGUUUUUUUAGUCAGGCUUUUUGCUUUGUAGGAUGGUCACAAUCUCGUUAGAUACCCCGGCGGCGUCCAAGGUCAGGCAGGGUAUUGCAUUCAGGUUGAACCCAAGUGCUGGGUGUCAAUUUUCCAGAGAAUAGGCGCAUCAUGUUUCCCUUGAGGUAGAAUGGCGUUUUGGUAUGGUAGCAUUAUUUUCUUUUUUUUCCUUUUCUCGAACGAUUCGGACGAGUUAUUUGAUCAUGUUGGACGCAGCGGUCUCGAGGUCACGGCCUCAUUUGUUGAUACUAGGUACUCUUUCGAUAGUUGAUAUCCACGAUUUUCUGAUCUUCACGA